CUCAGUUCACAAGUGUGUUUGAAGUCCUAUGCGGCCAAAGCGUUCGCGGACACACAUGGUCAGUUAAUAUUUGUUUUUCUUGGAUAUAGUGAAAGGAUUAUCAUUGAAAUUUCGGAUAAAACUGUAGACUGGUUUUAGUGAGGCAAAGAACUCAGUGGUGUGACACACUUAAUUUAGUCGUUAAGAUUGUUUUGCAUCGAAUUGUAAUUGGCAAAUUGAACAAUAAUGAAAUUGAUUUGAUUAAACCAAAGUUAUGUGGCUGGCGAUGUGUUGUGUUAAUAAUAAUUAAUUUACCGAUUCAUUUGUGAGCAUAAUUAACAAUCGAUAAAAAAAAAUUAUCGAAUCGGUCAACUCCAAGUAUUUGUGUGGAACGCCACAGCGAAAUCGUUAAAUGACUACGCGGAUAAACUUUGUGCUACCGAAAACAAAGUGCUACAAAAAUGACUAACAAAGUAAAACAAUUGCUGCUAACAGCUACCAUUCUGUUGUGCAUACAACGGCUGACCGCCAAGGAUAUUGUUGAAGAGACAUCGAUGUUAGACAGUGGAUUUAUGAGAUCGCUCUUCCAUUCAUUCAGAGACUUUACUUUUCGUUUAGUUGGAUCGACGAGUCGCAAAACUAGAGGCAAUUUCUUGCAGGAACCUAACGAAAACUUUCCAUGCGAUUUGCGUGGAAUGCGAAGUAAGAGAGUGCCAACGAGUGUACACAGAUUGAAACCAGGCGAUAUUGAUGUAAUUGCUGCAAUAGGUGAUUCGUUAACUGCCGCAUCAGGAGCUACAUCGACUAGAUUCCAAGAUUUGUUUAUGGAGAAUAGGGGACUUUCAUGGAGUAUUGGAGGUCAAUGGAACUGGAGAAAUGUUACCACAUUGCCAAAUAUAUUAAAGGAAUACAAUCCAAAACUGGUGGGUUACUCGAGAAACGACGCCUACCCAUUCCACGAGGACACUCAAUUCAACAUGGCUGAAAUCGGAGCCGUGUCAGCGGAUAUUCCAUUCAUGGCCAAAGCUUUGGUCCGACGAAUAAAACGGGACAAACGAAUUAAUUUUAAGAAGGACUGGAAAAUGGUUACGAUCUGCAUGGGUGGCAACGACAUUUGUUCGUUCAUCUGUUUGAUGCAAGAUCCAGAGAGUUUACCAGAGAAACAUCGAAAUAGUUUGAUAAAAGCUCUGCGUUACAUGAGAGAUAAUAUGCCGAGGACAUUCGUAAAUAUUGUGCCAGUACCACUAGUCGAAACCGUUGUGACAUACGAGAAGAAGCCUUUGCAGUGCCAAAUUCUGCACCAUGGAGAGUGUUCAUGUUGGGUUGGCCGAUUGUACAACCAAACGAAAGAGUUACAGGAACGUUACAGUGUCAUUCAACGGAAAAUGCAAGACAUCGAAGAAGAGGUGGCCAGCAUGAAAGAGUUUCGUGGAUUGAAGGAAUUUGCGGUCAUGUACCAACCAUUUUCGCGUCGGCUGAACUUGAGCACGGAAACAUCAAGCCAUGACUUCUCGUUAUUAGCGUUCGACUGUUUCCACAUGAGCCAGAAGGGAAAUGCAUGGGCUGGUGUUACACUAUGGAAUAGCUUGUUAGAGCCACCGGGCUCGAAAUCGUUAAAUUGGGUAUCGCCGAAGAAAAAGUUUUUGUGUCCGACAACAGAACAGCCGUAUUUCUACACACACGAUAAUUACCGAUAUUUUUCGUCAGUGAACAACGUUUAGUUGAAUAAGUUACGCUGAUAUGAGAGAGUUGAAGACUUUGUUUUAUGACUCGGUGUUAUGUUAAGUUUUUGGCUGGUUGGGAUUGGGUGGUAAUGUAAUUGUUUAACUGAAAGUCGAAAUGUUCAAUGUACAAUUUGGUGAAAUUUUGAAGCAUAUUGUUUCCGAUUCGGGAUUUUAGAGUUCUGGGUGCGAAGGGGUGGGGUCUUUUUUUAAAAUUUAAUUAGCGAAACCAUUAUUAGAUUUAGUGUUUUAGUCUAUUCAAUGUGUCGACUAACAAACGAAUUAUUUAUUGUAAAACGAAACUUUAUUUUGAAUAAAAUUGAAU